CUAAUAAAUAAAUCUGAGGGGUUUCGCAUACACCAAAGAAACAGUUGUUCCUGUCGAAUUCCAAUCAAAUGGCCACCCACCAUAACCAUUCCCAUCCGAGUCACGCACAUAGCAAUGAAGAAUAAUCCUCUCUCCUGAGUUUUCCUGCGUUUCAAUUUAAAAAAGGGGCCUUUACUUGAUAAGGAGCAGUGGCAAACAAAGAAAUGAAUAACCGUCCACCUGCUUUAGGGAGAAGACAAUCUGUAGGUAUAAGAAAAUUGAGAGAUCUUUUGGCUCAACAGGACAACCGCAUAUGUGCAGAUUGUGGUGCUCCAGACCCAAAAUGGGCAUCAGCAAAUAUUGGAGUGUUUCUAUGUUUAAAGUGCUGUGGAGUUCACAGAAGUCUUGGCACACAUAUAUCAAAGGUUCUGUCUGUCACGUUAGAUGAAUGGUCAGAUGCUGAAAUCGAUUCGAUGAUUGAGGUUGGGGGAAAUGCCUCUGCAAAUGCCAUUUAUGAGGCUUAUAUCCCUCAAGGGGUUAAAAAGCCUAGGCCGAGUGCUAGCCAUGACGAGCGUGCUAAAUUUAUUAGGGCUAAAUAUGAGGAACAGGAAUUUCUGAAACCUAGCCUGCGGAUUUUAUCAUCUUCAUAUUCAAGAAAGCAUUCUUUACAAACAAGUUCGUCCACGAAAACAAUGGAUAGCCUACCAAGUACAAAGUCAUCAGAAAAAACAGUGGCUAUGGUGGAGUUUAUUGGAAUGGUGAAGAUUAGAGUAAUUAAAGGAACCAAUCUGGCUAUUAGAGAUGUGCUAUCAAGUGAUCCAUAUGUUGUUUUAACAUUGGGCCACCAGAAAGUGCAAACAUCUGUCAUAAAGAGCAAUUUGAAUCCCAUCUGGAACGAAGAACUCAUGCUUUCAGUUCCACAAGAUUAUGGCCCGGUGAAGCUGCAAGUGUUCGAUCAAGACACAUUCUCCGCCGAUGACAUAAUGGGGGAAGCCGAGAUAGACAUCCAACCAAUGCUAACCUCAGCAACAGCUUUUGGGGACGCCGGGAUGCUUGAGAACAUGCAGAUCGGGAAAUGGCUGAGAUCAAACGACAACGCCCUGAAAGAGGACAGCACGGUGCACAUAAUCGAUGGAAAGGUUAAGCAGGAAAUGUCCCUUCAGCUCAAGAAUGUAGAAUCUGGAGAAAUAGACCUUGAAAUUGAAUGGAUCCCUCUCGAUCAAUGACACCCCCUCGUGCUGUACAUAAAACCCUGUUUUUAACAAUAACUAUCCUCGUGGAAAACAUCAUACAUUUGGUGAAUUUUCGUAUUUUUUCUUCA